CCAACACACGUGUUCGCUUGUUGAUUUGACUUUCUUAAAAUCAGAUGGACACUCUGGUGAAACUACAGUAACUGACUGAAGGCAGCAGGACUUACAGUUAAACACUGACCGUAUUUUCUUAGUCAACAAUCUUCACAAUGGACACUAUUCAGUGAUGCUGUGCCAUAAUAGGAGCCAGGGCCUGGCUCUUCUUUGUCUGUCUGUGUAUGUUGUGUUUGUUUAUCUGAGAGCACACAGAUGAUGGACAGUGAGUGGAUGAGUUUGUCUCUUUGGAUUCUCUAAGUCAGGAGAUGUUCACAGCUCUGGACUCAUUUCUUCAUUAAGCUUUUCAACCUCUGCAGUAUCAGACCAGAGACCCUGAAAUAACCAGAGCAGUGAAGACCCAGAGAGGGGGUCAGGAAGUGAGUUCAGAGCAUCUUGACACUGCAUCUGUGCAGCAGGUACCUGACUCCAUUUCUCCAUCAAGACUACGGCCGAAGACUACUUCAAAGAGAGCACAAUGGACGGAACCAGAACAUCCCUCUGGCUGUUUCUCCUGCUCAACCAGCUGCCAUUCUGUCCUGCUGAUGCAGGACAAGGUUCUUCAACCAUGCAGACAAAUACAUACACAACAAAAGAACCCAGUGGCAGCUCAGUCCAUUCCAUGGAGACCAGCCUCACUACUACUGACCACACAAACUCUCCGGAUACAGACAGCAAUGGCACUCGUGCUGACUGCUUAAUCGACACUGAGAUGGGUCUGGUUGCUAUAGGUUCAGCAGGGGGGCUGAUUGUCUGCCUUCUGGUUGCCACUGUGGUAUUGGCAUGUCAGGUCUGCCACAUUCAGCGCCGGGUUUAUGCCCCCCGAGCCUCCCGGUCUAACAUGGACCUGGUGAGCCGUGCAAGCUACUGGGACAUUGAUCAGCCAGAGGUUGGAGGAAUGGUUGGGCCGUGCGACGCCAGUGUUGUGCUAGAGGAGGUGAGAGCACAAAGCGAGAUGGAGGAAGAGAGGCACGCUAAAAUACAAGGGGUGAAGGAAGAGGCUGGGGUGGGACUUGAGGAAGGGGCCACGGCGAUGGCUUUUGACCCAGAAGAGAGGGCCAGUGAGAUGCAGUGUGCCAGUUCCAGGGACUCCUGUCUGGAGGUUCCCAGGGAUCUGGAGGACAUGCCCCUUGUUGUGUGAGGAGAUAACCUCAGUAAACUCUUCAGUCAAGAUAAAACAGCAGCCAGUCAGUUCAGCUAAUGAGCUUUGCUUUAACUUAGCAUGUUUGUUUCUUUCCAAUUUAUUACACAAUUUAACUAAACCCUAAGCCCAUACUGAAAAACUACUGUUUUUGGAAACCUUGGCGACAAAGAAAUAGAUUUUUCAACGAAACCUUUAUUUCACAGAAGAAAAGACACCAAAGUAGUGAAAUGUUAUAUAUAUAUUAUAUAUAAGAACAAGUUAACAACUUUACAAGAUUGGUGUACUCCACUGUACUUUACUGGAUUCCACUGUACUUUACUGUAUUCUGUUGUGCUCCACUGUACUCUACUGUACUUUACUGUACUCUACUGUACUUCCUGUCUUUGGUCAAGAGGAACACAGCCAACAGGUCAAGUGUUACACACAGGUAACAAAUACUUUUAAAAAGUGAGGUGUACAUUUUUCAUGACAAUUAGUUAAACAUAACUUGUAACUGCAGCAUAUCUAACAUGAAAUGCUGCAGUUUUAAAACAUAAAUGAGUAAACACAAUAAUUUAACAAAGACAAACCAGUAUAUCAGCACAUGUUUCAAUUAUCACAGAGAUCCCAGGAUCUCUUCCUAGAUGUGAUCUUGUGUGGAGAAAUGAUGGUUAGAUAGUUGGGUCCAAUGUCUGCUAACAGUCCUUGUAUUAACUAUCUAUGACCUCUUACCUGUACUGAAGACUGUGUAAUGCUACUGCUCUUUCAAAACUGCUGUGUACAAAAAAGAACUAGUUAAAGUGUCAGGGUUUAAAUAAAUGGAUUUUUGCAUUGUUUAAA